AUGACUUGGAUGUUGAGGUCACCUCAAGUAACGAUGACACAGAAAGUGUUAAGGACAUUCAUGAUGGGUAUGAUCAAUUGUACGAUGAGUGCCCCAAAGAAAAUAAGAUAGUACUAACAUUGAGUGCAAAGCUUAAUUCAUGGGAGGUAAAAGAAGAAAGCAUUCCAUAUGGACCUAAUGAAGUCCCUCAUAUUUGUGAGCUUGAAGGGGAGGAUAAAUCAUUGAAGUACAAGUUGGGCUUUUUGGAAAGAAAGUGCCAUGGGCUUAUUGAGUCAUAG